GUCAUUUGAACCUACAUGUGGACCCAACCUUUUUCAAGAUCAGGCAGAUUUGUUAGUUUACCAUGCAUCUCCUCUUUUAUGUUGUUGACCGCUGUCAACUGCUACAGCGUGAAGGCCGCCACAAGGGUUCAAGAUGCCUUUGCCGCUGCUAAGCUACUCGCCUUGGGCCUCAUCAUCAUUAUUGGGUUUGUGGAGAUCGGCAAAGGUGAUACCGUUGAGCUUCUCCCUGAAAAUUCGUUCAAAGGAAGCAACACAGACUUUGGCAACAUCGGAUUGGCUCUUUACAGUGGGCUGUUUGCUUACGGAGGAUGGAAUUAUCUGAAUUUUGUCACAGAGGAGAUGAUUGAGCCAUACAAAAAUCUGCCUCGGGCCAUCAUCAUCUCGCUCCCCAUCGUCACCGUUGUCUAUGUGCUGACCAACCUGGCCUACUUCACCACACUCAGUCCAGAGAAAAUGCUUUCGUCUGAGGCCGUUGCUGUGGACUUUGGAAACUACCACUUGGGUCCAAUGGCUUGGAUAAUCCCCGUGUUUGUUGGCCUGUCCUGCUUUGGCUCUGUGAACGGCUCUCUGUUUACUUCAUCUAGGCUGUUCUUCGUGGGCUCCAGAGAAGGUCAUCUUCCCAGUUUGCUGUCCAUGAUCCACCCUGACCUGCUGACUCCUCUGCCUUCACUCAUAUUUACUUGCAUCAUGACUCUCCUGUACGCGUUCUCCAAUGACAUUUUCUCCGUCAUCAACUUCUUCAGCUUCUUCAACUGGCUCUGCAUUGCGAUGGCCAUUGUUGGAAUGAUGUGGCUACGCUACAAGAAACCUGAGCUGGAACGACCAAUUAAGGUCAAUAUUCUGCUGCCCAUUGUGUUCGUGCUGGCGUGUCUGUUCCUCAUCGUGGUGUCCUUCUGGAAGACCCCUGUGGAGUGUGCUAUAGGGUUCGGGAUCAUCGCUACAGGAGUUCCUGUCUAUUUCUUUGGCGUUUGGUGGCAGACGAAGCCGAAAUGGCUCCUGCAGAUCAUCUUCUCAUCCACGGUGAUGUGCCAGAAGAUGAUGGAGGUGGUACCCCAGGAGUCCUGAAGCGGCUGUUCUCCUCAUCUCCACCUCAGACUCCCAUUUACUGUAUCCAUCUCUCCUCGCGUGAGCCAGAAAAACAGUCUUAUCCUGCUGACAUGGACAAAAAAAAUCUAUAUUCAUCACCACAUUCGAAAACACAAAAACAUCAGUGGUCACACAAGCAGUUCAGUCGUCAUAUAGAUUUUGUCUGUCUUUCCUGUAUUAUACUGUAUACAUUCAGUUUUCCAGUUGCAAGUUUUCAUUAAGGAUUUUUAGUUCGUUUUAUAUGUAUUUUUGUAAACCAUUGGAGAAGCGUGUCAUAUGAAUCUCUGAGUGGACAUCAUUUCAUUUAGGGCCUCAGAUUUUUACCUUCCUGUUUCAUGCGUUCGGCUUUUGUUUAGUACGUUCGUGGCUUGUGCAGAUACGCUAUUGUCUAUUGAGGCGAAAACUAUGAAGCUCAUCUAGGGGUGUGCGAUAUUUAUCAUUUAUGAUAGUAUGGUUUUUGUUUUUUAAUAAUACGUAAGCUGACAUUACGCCAAAAAAACAAACAAAAACAUUAAUUGUGUGGAGGAAAAGCCUAUUUGAAUGAAGUUAGAAGUUAUUAAUAGGAGGUUAAUAUGGAAUGAGUUAUAUUUGAGAUGUCAAAAGCUAGAGAAGAAAAUUUAGUGGAACACUUUUUUGUGAUUUGAUCGCCAAAUGAAUCUGCUUUUGAGCGAAUCAUUUGAGUCGGUUUAAUAAUCCAUUCAAAUAUACAGUGUGAAAAAUGCUGGCUUCCACACAAUGCCUUCAUGUUGUCGCAACCAUUAAGUGGAUUGAACGUAAAACAAUUAGCUUGUCUCCAAAAAAAAUCUAAAGAAUUGUGUUGUUUCAGCUGAUUUUAAUUAAGUAGUUUGACUGGGAGAAAAGCAGCAAAAAUAUUAUGGGAGUGUAGUCGCUUGCUUUAUUUCUAAAUGAAUCAGCAUUUUUGAACGACUUAUUGAAUCGCUCUUUAAGACAGGGACUUGUCCCAUCCUACUGGCGUUUUUUUCAUUCAUCCUUGACAGUCCUAAACCAGCACGAAAACACACAAAUGCUAAAUAUUUGGUAAUUUUAUUUAUAAAAUAAAACUUAUUAAGUAGUAAGUAAAGCACUACACUUGUGGAAUUUGUUCCAGAAUUUAUCUGUUUUCAUACAAAUCAUUUGAACAGAUUCUAUAAUUCAUUCAAACACUGUGAAAAAUGCUGAGCUUUACACAAUUCCUUCAUGUUGUCCCAACUUAAUUGAAAACUUUUAAGUGGAUUGAAUUUAAAAUAAUUAAGUUGUCUACAAAAAAUUUAAAGAAUUGUUUUGUUUCAGCUGAAAUUAAGUAGUUUCACAAAGCGUUUUUGAAUGAUUCAUUGAAUUGCUCUUUAAGACAGGGACUUGUCACAUCUUACUGGCAUUUAAAAAAAAAUAUUUAUCCAUGACAGACAUAAACCAGCACGAAAACACACGAAUGCUAAACAUUUGUGUAUUUUCUUUAUAAAGUAAAAUUUAGCACUA